GCAGCGCGUUCCAGCCACCCCCUCCAGGUAGCCUACUUCCGAGGGGGUGGGCGAUAGAGGAGAGGUUGGGGUUGGAGCGGCGGCAAGGGGGGCCCCUCCCUCGCACCUCCCCCCACCGGACUUGGUCGCGCCCGAAGUGUAACACUUUCUCUUUGUCGGAAGAGCUCCUCGGUUUCCUGUGCAGUAGCUCCCGUUGCGGCGGCACCCGUGGCAGCCCUGGCGGACGCAGGAGCGAUGGCAGCGACCGAUAUAGCUCGCCAGGGUGAAGGUUGCCGAACUGUCCCCCUGGCUGGACAUGUGGGGUUUGACAGCUUGCCUGACCAGCUGGUGAAUAAGUCAGUCAGCCAGGGCUUCUGCUUCAACAUCCUGUGUGUGGGAGAGACAGGCUUGGGCAAGUCUACUCUCAUGGACACCUUGUUCAACACCAAAUUCGAGGGGGAGCCGGCCACCCACACACAACCUGGUGUCCAGCUUCGGUCCAAUACCUAUGACCUUCAGGAGAGCAAUGUGGGACUAAAGCUCACAAUUGUUAGCACAGUGGGCUUUGGGGACCAGAUCAACAAGGAGGACAGCUACAAGCCCAUCGUGGAAUUCAUCGAUGCACAGUUUGAGGCCUACCUACAGGAGGAACUGAAGAUCCGAAGAGUGCUGCACACUUAUCAUGACUCCCGGAUCCACGCCUGCUUGUAUUUCAUUGCCCCCACGGGUCAUUCCCUAAAGUCCUUGGACCUAGUGACAAUGAAGAAGCUGGACAGUAAGGUCAACAUCAUCCCCAUAAUUGCCAAAUCAGAUGCCAUAUCUAAGAGUGAGCUCACAAAAUUCAAAAUCAAAAUCACCAGUGAACUUGUCAGCAACGGGGUCCAGAUCUAUCAGUUCCCUACGGAUGAUGAGUCGGUGGCAGAGAUCAAUGGAACCAUGAAUGCCCACCUGCCAUUUGCGGUCAUCGGUAGCACAGAAGAACUGAAAAUAGGCAACAAGAUGAUGAAGGCGCGACAGUACCCUUGGGGCACAGUGCAGGUUGAGAAUGAGGCCCACUGCGACUUUGUGAAGCUGCGGGAGAUGCUGAUUCGGGUCAACAUGGAGGAUCUGCGGGAGCAAACCCACACCAGGCACUAUGAGCUGUAUCGCCGCUGUAAGCUGGAGGAGAUGGGCUUCAAGGACACCGACCCUGACAGCAAACCCUUCAGUUUACAGGAGACAUAUGAGGCCAAACGGAAUGAGUUCCUAGGGGAGCUGCAGAAGAAAGAAGAGGAGAUGAGACAGAUGUUCGUGCAGAGAGUCAAAGAGAAAGAAGCGGAGCUCAAAGAAGCAGAGAAAGAGCUGCAUGAGAAGUUUGACCGCCUCAAGAAACUGCACCAGGAUGAGAAAAAGAAGCUGGAGGACAAGAAGAAGUCCCUGGAUGACGAAGUGAAUGCUUUCAAACAGAGGAAGACGGCGGCUGAGCUGCUCCAGUCCCAGGGUUCCCAGGCUGGAGGCUCACAGACUCUGAAAAGAGACAAAGAGAAGAAAAACUCUUACUGUUUUACAGUUAACUCUGCUGUUUGCUGCAUGCUGCAUGAGACCCAGGGUCCUGUAAUCCAUGGCUGUGUACUGAAUAGUAUUCCCCGCUACAGCUGGACUGGACUCCAUUUAGCAUUUUAUGCCAAGAUUCCUAGUUUAACUGACAGCUUUCCUUUGGAGUGCCAGGCAGCUGGGCUCCCCAUUCCUGCCAUGUACUCCAAGCCCCACUUCUUUUUGAGUUCUGCAACUUGUUCCUGCCUCGUACUCCCAUUGGCACUGACCAUGACUUCCUCGCUCCCCCCACCCCCAUUAAAGUUGUUCUUUCGGGAUCACUUAUUUUCAAAUCACACAGGCAAACCAGGCCAUGCCAAAGGUCCAUGCCUUCUUGAAAAGGGGAAGUAGUUUUCUCUUUUCAACAAUAAUCAUAGGAAGCCAAAAAUAAACAAAAAAAGGGUAUAAAGCGAAUAAAUGCACACACUUUUUUUCUUGUUGGCAAAGCAAGAAUGCAAUUUUGAGAGGUGGUUGUUUGGUGACUUACAGAUCAGUAGUGACCAGAGGCAAGCAGAAACAUAAGUAAUUCUAUGGGAAAAUCCAAAUUAGGGUGGUACACUUUAGCAAGCCAUAUGCUUGGAAGUAAACACAUGAAAAUUAAUGCCAAUACCUAGUUCUAGAAACAAACCCCUUGGGUACUCAGCCAAUAGUUCUGAGAGAUGCAGGAACUGGGACCACCAAGUCCCCUUGAGAAGCUUGGCUGUUUUUAUGUCCACCAGCAGGUAAUCACUACUCCUGGGGUCACAUUUGCAUGACACACUAGAACCCCCUUUGUCUGGAUUGAGGGACAGAUGACUUGAGGCUGCAGAAGCUCUAAAUACCGCAAAAGUGAUGGAGCCAUAGCAUCUGUGAGAAGCAAAGCCAAGAUUUCAGAUUGAGGGAGAUAUUUUUGGUCAGGAAGCUGGCUAAAAAGAAGCUGCUUAGUCCACAAGAGCAAAUUGAGAGCUGGAGAAGUGAAGGCACUUGCCUGAGGUCCCCCUACUGUUUGGUUCCCUACACCAAACUAAAUCCCAUGUCAUUU